AUGCCUAUCCCGCAAGAGUGUACUGUGCUGGUGGUAGGUGGUGGGCCAGGAGGUUCAUAUACUGCCUCCGUACUGGCGAGGGAAGGGAUCUCCACCGUUCUGCUAGAAGCCGAUGUGUUUCCUCGAUACCACAUUGGGGAGAGUCUGUUGCCAUCCACGCGAGAAUUUUUGAAAUUCAUCGACGUGUACGACAAGUUUGAAAGCCAUGGAUUCAAACACAAGAAUGGAGCUUCUUUCAGCUAUAACAGCAAGCCGCCAGCAUACACCAACUUCCUUGCCUUUGGUGGACAUGCAUGGAAUGUCAUACGUUCCGAAUGCGACCAGAUCCUCUUCGAACAUGCUGGAGAAAGUGGUGCCAAGAUUUUUGACGGAGUGAAGGUCAAUUCAAUUGAAUUUGAGCCCACUGGUGGUGGUGAAGGCCAUGGAGCUCCUAAUAUAGGAAGGCCUGUGUCUGCCUCCUGGAAAUGCAAGAGCGAGAAUACGAGUGGCUCGAUUCGAUUCCAGUAUUUGGUUGACGCUAGUGGACGAGCAGGCUUGGUUAGUACCAAAUACAUGAAGAAUCGCACAUACAACGAAGGUCUCAAGAACAUUGCGACUUGGGGCUAUUUUGAGAACGCUGGGACGUAUGGCGUAGGAACUCCAGCUGAAGGAGACCCUGUCUUUCCUCGGCUCAAAGAUGGAUCCGGCUGGGCGUGGUUUAUUCCCCUACACAACGGCACAACCUCUGUUGGUGUGGUCAUGCAGCAGACCAGCUUUAAGGCCAAGAGGAAACUUAUGGAGUCACAUAACACUCGGGACUUCUUUGUGCAGCAGGUCAACGACGCCCCGAUGAUUCCGGAACUGCUGACCAAAGCCACGCUGGCUUCAGACGUCAAAUCAGCCACUGACUUUUCCUACAGCGCUUCAUGCUAUGCCAGUACCAGCAUGCGCAUUGUAGGAGAUGCCGGGUGCUUCAUUGACCCUCUCUUUUCUUCGGGUGUACAUCUUGCACUCACUGGAGCGCUUUCAGCCGCUGCCUCUAUCUGUGCGGCGAUGAGGGGAGACUGCACAGAGCAGGCAGCAGCCAGUUGGCACUCGCAGAAGAUUCAAGAGGCCUAUAUGCGGUUUUUGCUGGUUGUUACCAGCGCAUACGCUCAAAUCACGGGGCAGGAACGUGCAGUGCUGAACGAUUACGAUGAGGCGAACUUUGAUCGCGCGUUCCGCUUCUUCCGACCCAUCAUACAAGGCACUGUGGAAAUUGGCGGAGAGAAACUAAGUCAAGAGGAUGUGGCCACCUCAGUGGAUUUUUGCAUGAAAGUUAUUCGCAAGGUGAAUGGUACUAUGAACACCGCCCCCGACGGGAUAGAGCUGAAGGAAGAUGAGCAGGGUGAGUGGACGUGUGAUCGUAUCAAGAAGGAGGAGAUGAAGUUAGAUCCCGUACACAAGUUCGCUGUUGAUGUUGUGAAUGGUAUGACGGUCAAUCUUCAGCAGGGAGUUUUAGGACUUGUCAAAGCUAGCUGA